AUGCAGGUUGGCGAAUCAUCAGACCGUCCAUCGCGUCGGUGCCAAGAGUUCACCAACAUGGAGCAGGUGGAUAAGGUGGUUUCGAAGGAGUUGAGAGAGACAAAAACAAAGAGCACCGGUAUCGAGGUCCAGAGUGACCGGGAUGGCACCGACAUGCUCAUGGUUUCGAAAGCGAUCAUCUCCCAUGAUGGAACGCUGCAGUGA